GCCGCUUCCGCGUUUUACUCGGUGCCGGCAGCGCCGGGGCGUGGAGGCGUUAGGGAUCUGGCCCAGGCCGAGCGCGCGGCCCUAAGACCGCGAGUGAGAGCUGCGUUGGCUUGGAGGUGACUAGCAUGCAGAUACCCUUGCUCUGACUUUCUGCCCCGCCACUGACGUGGCCCACCGGGGUGGGGAGAGGGACUUCCAGACUUCAGCUCGACGCAUGGGCACCUCGCUGCUCUUCCAGCUUUCAGUACACGAACGGGAGCUGGACCUGGUUUUUCUGGAUCAUAGCUGUGUCAAGCCUUGGAGUGCCCACCCAGAUGCCAGUAGUGCCCGCCCCACCCGCAUGCUCUUUGUCACUCCCCGGCGGCAGCACGAAAGUACCAUUGAAUCAGACGUCCCAAUAGAUGUGGAGAUGGUCAUGUCAACACCUAUGCCACUCUAUGACAAUCAGAAGGCACGCAGCGUGAUGAAUGAGUGUGAACGGCAUGUCAUCUUUGCCAGGACUGAUGCAGAUGCCCCUCCUCCACCAGAGGACUGGGAGGAGCAUGUCAACAGGACCUUAUUUCAUUUGCAGCAACACAAGUCAGAGUGUUCUCCAAAGUCUCACAUUAGAACUCUCAGUUCACCAUGCUGUGUGUGAGCUUCUUGAGAGCAGGGCUUACAUCUCAGCCAUCUUUGCAUACUUCACACUAGGACGUUGUCCGGCACACAGUAGGUAUAUAAUGUUUGUUGGAUAAAUAAGAGUAUUAAAUUUGAUAGAUAUGAUUAGCUCUGUAGUAGCUUCUGUUGUAUAAGUUAUGAUAUAGGGGUUACCCAAGCUACAAAAAAAUGAAAUGUACAUUUGUAAGGUAUUGUGUUUAAAUGGUUUAUAACUAGGAUGAUGAAAGUUGUGAAGUCACAUGAAAAGCUAACAGAUGUUUGAGUGGCUUUUAAAAAUAGAUUUGCAGGCUAUGGAGGGCACACUGAAGCCUGUUUUCAUGAGUAUAUUGGCUAGUUUUGUUCCCAAGCUUUCUACUGCCCCAGGGGACUCCGUACUCCUCUCCUGGUCAUUCGUCCCUGUUCAUUUGGUAAACGUUUACCUAAUCACAUAACAUCUUUUUGGGAAUAUUUAUAUGCCAUACAAUUCAGCUAUUUAAUGUGUACAGUCAUUGGUUUUUAGUAUAGUCAGAGUUGUAUAUUCAUCACCACUAUCAAUUUGAUAAACAUUUUCAUCAUCCCAGAAAGAAACCUCAUACCCACCAACAAUCACUCCCCAUUUCCUCCUAGCUUUUCUGGUCUCUAGAAAGCACUAAUUGACCUUUGUCUCUAUAGAUUUGCCUAUUCUGAACGUUUCAUGUAAACGGAAUCAUGCAAUAUGUGGUCUUUUCCUACUGGCUUCUUUCACCACACAUAAUAUUUUCAAGGUUCAGCCAUGUGGUUGUGCGUAUCAGCACUUCAUUCUUUUUAUUGCCAAAUGAUAU